AUGAACGGCUACGGCUCCCCGUACCUCUACAUGGGCGGCCCGGUGUCGCAGCCGCCGCGGGCUCCGCUGCAGCGGACGCCCAAGUGCGCCCGGUGCCGCAACCACGGCGUGCUGUCCUGGCUGAAGGGCCACAAGCGCUACUGCCGCUUCAAGGACUGCACCUGCGAGAAGUGCAUCCUCAUCAUCGAGCGGCAGCGGGUGAUGGCCGCCCAGGUGGCGCUUCGCCGGCAGCAGGCCAACGAGAGCCUGGAGAGCCUCCUCCCGGACUCCCUGCGCGCCCUCCCGGGGCCGCCGGGCAGCGCCGAGCCCCCCGCCGCGCCGCCGGGGCCGUCGCCCUGCGCCGCGCCGUCGCGGGCCCCCGCCGAGCUGGCCGCCGCCGCCGCCCUGCGCUGGGCCGCCGAGCCGCCCCCCGCGCUCCCGGGGCCGCUUCCCAAGGCAGACAUGAAUGAGGAGCGGCUGGGUGAUGCCAGUGGAGCAGACAAUGCUGAGACCUACAGUGACAAAGACACAGACCAAAGGAGUUCCCCAGACAUGACUAAAGCCAGAAGUUCCUUCACCCCUGAGAGCCCUGAAAUUGUUUCAGUGGAUGAGGUUGGUUAUGCAGUUCACAGAAAUGGUGGGAGCACAGAGAGCCGUCCAGGCAGCCCCAAGUACCACCCAGAGCAGAACCACCUCCUGAUAGAAGGUCCUUCUGGGACAGUUUCUUUACCUUUCAGUUUGAAAGCCAACAGACCUCCACUUGAAGUCUUGAAAAAGAUCUUCCCUAACCAAAAGCCAGCUGUGCUGGAGUUGAUCCUGAAGGGGUGCGGCGGUGAUCUGGUGAGUGCUGUAGAGGUUCUCCUGUCCAGUCGGUCGUCGGUGGCCAGUGGUGAGAGAACGUCUGCAGAAUCCGAUGGUCUGGUUUUGCCUUCCAGUGGGCACAUUUUUGAACACACACUGAGUUCAUACCCUAUUUCCUCUUCUAAGUGGUCAGUGGGCUCGGCAUUUAGGGUUCCUGACACACUGAGAUUCUCUGCUGAUUCCAGUAAUGUUGUGCCAAAUCCUCUGGCUGUACCUUUGCAGCACCCUUUCCCUCAGCCACCACGCUACCCGUUGAUGCUGAGGAACACUUUGGCAAGAAACCAGUCCAGCCCAUUCCUGCCCAACGAUGUCACCCUGUGGAACACCAUGACGCUGCAGCAGCAGUACCAGCUGCGGUCCCAGUAUGUCAGUCCUUUCUCUAGCAACUCAGCCAGCGUUUUCCGAAGCUCGCCUGUCCUUCCUUCCCGCUCGUCAGAAGAUCCUAGGAUCUCAAUCCCUGAUGACGGGUGUCCUAUUGUGUCUAAGCAACCGAUGUACACAGAAGAUGAGUAUGAUGAAAGGUCUGAUUCUUCAGACUCAAGGAAUACUCAACACAUCUUAGACUGA